AGGGCCGUAGGAGAGGUAAAUUUGUGCCAUAUGGCGCCGGCCAUGUUGUGUGUGCGUAUGUGCUCUCAUCUGGUGCUCAAAGCAAUGUGUCCAUGGCGCAUAUCUUUCGAGGGUUUUGUUCUUCCGUGAGAGAGGGAUUUUUGGGGCGCUGCCGCCGAUCGUCACUGGCGCCCGCCACGGCGUGAUUGAUCUGCUAGCCUAAUCUUUGCUGCUGCUCCUCGUGCUGGCUGCCGCUGCCGGAAAUCUCAGAUUCCUCGCUCCAAUUUUUUCUCUCCUGGUGUUGCUUGGAUUGCCUGCCCUCUUUUGCGGCUAAUGCUGCUUGCCGGAUUGUCCGCGUAGCGGUAUCGUGAUUUAUUCCUCUCCCUCCGCAAUCCUUAGGUCUUUGGCGGAGCAAGAAAUUCCGAGAAUGCUGCAUUAAUUUCCCGGCUCGGCUGUGCGCGAUAUCUGGAGCCGAGAUGGCUUCUGUGAAGAAGCUGAUCAACGACGCCAAUGAUGUGGUGACCGAAUGCAUCGAGGGAUUGGUAGAAACUUACCCAGGUCUCCAGUACCUUGACGGCUUUCCAGAGGUGAAAGUGGUCAUCCGAGCUGAUGUUUCGAGGGGCACCUAUGACAAAGUCGCGUUGCUAUCAGGUGGUGGAAGCGGGCAUGAGCCUGCUCAUGCCGGAUACGUUGGCCCUGGUAUGCUAACAGCGGCUGUGUGUGGAGAUGUCUUUGCCUCUCCAUCAGUGAAUGCCAUACUUGCUGGAAUAAGAUCCGUGACUGGACCGAAAGGUUGUCUUCUUAUAGUGAAGAAUUAUACCGGCGACCGGCUGAAUUUUGGACUGGCAGCCGAGCAAGCUAAGGCAGAGGGAUUCAAAGUGGAGAUGGUAAUUGUUGGAGACGACUGUGCCAUACAAACUCCUCGUGGAGUUGCGGGACGCCGGGGGCUUGCUGGAACCAUUUUUGUUCACAAGGUCGCAGGUGCUGCUGCGGAUGCUGGCCUGAAUUUGGAUGAAGUAAAAGCCGAAGCCAAGCGAGUGGCCCAGCUUGUGGGAACCAUGGGUGUUGCGCUGUCAGUGUGCACACUUCCGGGUCAGGGUCCGUCAGAUCGUCUUGGUCCCGGUAAAAUGGAGCUCGGACUCGGCAUCCACGGAGAGCCUGGAGCCGCGAUGGCUGAUAUACAGCCUGUGGAUGUCGUGGUCUCACACGUUCUGAAGCGGAUUCUUAGCGCUGAAUGCAUCCCGGUUAAGCGUGGAAGCAGGGUCGCGUUGAUGGUGAAUGGUCUUGGAGCGACUCCUUUGAUGGAACUGAUGAUUGCGGCAGGCAAGGCAGUCGCACAGCUCCAAUUGGACUAUGGUGUCGCUGUUGCUCGUGUCUAUACUGGCUGCUUCAUGACAGCGCUUGACAUGGCGGGAAUGUCAAUAUCCAUCUUAAAGGUGGAUGAUACGAUUCUACCAAGAUUGGAUGCUCCAACAAAGGCCCCCUCAUGGCCUGUUGGUGUUUCUGGACCACGACCUCCAACAACAAUACCCGUCCCACUCCCUCCUGCUCCUGCAAACAAUGAAACAACAGCUUCACGACCACCAGAGCUUACUGGGCCUGGGAAAUUGUUGGAAGCUGCUAUCGAGGCUGGUGCUGAGGCAAUCAUAAAAAUAAAGGACUCUUUGAAUGACUGGGACAGCAAAGUAGGGGAUGGAGACUGUGGCACAACGAUGUGGAAAGGAGCCAAUGCCGUACUCGAAGAUCUGCGGAAGUGCUACCCCCUCAAUGAUACCGCUGCUACAAUCAAUGAGCUAGGCGGGACUAUAAGGAGAGUGAUGGGUGGCACUAGCGGUGUUCUGUAUGACAUAUUCUCCAAGGCAGCGUAUGUAAAGUUGAAGGACAACGCAGACCAGCCAUUGACUGCCAAAUGCUGGAGCGAUGCUCUUGAUGCUGCCGUUACCGCUGUGAGUACAUACGGCGGAGCUUCGGCAGGACACAGAACCAUGCUUGAUGCGUUGCUGCCUGCAGCAGCAGUUCUAAGAGAGAAAGUGGAUGCUGGAGAAGAUCCCGUGAAAGCAUUCGUGGCUGCAGCCGAGGCAGCUCAAGCUGGAGCUGAGUCUACGAAAGACAUGCAAGCCCAGGCUGGGAGAUCGAGCUAUAUCUCCCCCGAUCUCCUCACGGCGGUGCCGGAUCCGGGAGCGAUGGCGGUGGCUGCGUGGUUUGGAGCAGCAGCGGACGCAGUGUCUCUCAAUGCUGCGGCUGCGACGUAAUUUUGUAAGCGAAGAAGCGCAUUUGAGUUUUUGCAGUUGCUACUUCCGGCUAAUGUAGGUGAGCUCAAGAUCAUCGCAGCUCGAUCGAAAGAAAAAAAAGAAAAGAACCAUAGACAAAAGAGACAACAUCUAGAUAGGUGAUACAACAACGAUCUAUAUUAGCGUUAUAAAGGAAAGAAAUAAAACAUUGAGAUAGUAUGAAA